GGUGGGGCGCCGCCUGCCGGGCGCGGCGCGGCGCACGCGCGGCCCCCGCGCGCCGCUCCUUCCUUCCGGCCGCCAUCUCGCUGCGCCCGCGUGCGGAUCCCGGCCCCGCGUCCUGCCCGCCGCCUCCGGCUCCACUCCGCGCCCUGCCCUCGCCGAGAUGAAGGAGACCAUCAUGAACCAGGAGAAGCUGGCCAAGCUGCAGGCCCAAGUGCGCAUCGGUGGCAAGGGUACUGCCCGCAGAAAGAAGAAGGUUGUUCACAGAACAGCUACAGCAGAUGACAAAAAACUUCAGUUUUCGUUGAAGAAACUGGGAGUCAACAAUAUUUCUGGAAUUGAAGAGGUGAACAUGUUUACCAAUCAAGGAACAGUCAUUCACUUCAAUAACCCGAAAGUCCAGGCCUCUCUGGCUGCCAACACUUUCACUAUCACCGGCCAUGCUGAGACGAAGCAGCUGACAGAAAUGCUGCCCAGCAUCCUAAACCAGCUCGGAGCUGACAGCCUGACCAGCCUCAGGAGAUUGGCAGAAGCCCUACCCAAGCAAUCUGUGGACGGAAAAGCACCACUUGCUACUGGUGAAGAUGAUGAUGAUGAAGUUCCAGAUCUUGUUGAAAACUUCGAUGAAGCUUCGAAGAAUGAGGCAAACUGAACUGUCACCUCCUGAAUAAAAUUAAAACUUGAAAAAGCUACACGGAGCUGCUAUUUUAUAUUGUGACUGCCUUGAUUUUCUUUCCUGAUGAUCUCAAGAUCUAUGAUAUUUGGAAACUCCUUGAAUCUACAGCUCCUUAGUCACUGCUUGUACACAAUAUUAUUUUGUGGCCUGACAGAACAAACCUAUGCUUUAAAAUAAGUCAGAUUGCUAACAAAUUUCUGCCUAGACACAUUUUUUGAGUAACUUGUAUACAAGCAAACACUCAUCUUUAAUGAACUUUGGCAUACAAUAAAAAUAUAAACCAAAA